UAUGUUUUAAAUCAUUCAUAUAUGCAGAUUCCAACGUCUGGUAUAAAUAAUAGUACAACAGAAUCCAGCAGGCACUCGCAGUUCUACAGCGAAAGUGUUGAUAUAGUCUCUUAGUUUUUCUUUUUGUUGAAACGUAACAACACAAAAACUCCAAAAUGUGUGAUGAUGAGGUUGCUGCUUUAGUCGUUGACAACGGUUCCGGUAUGUGCAAAGCUGGUUUCGCCGGUGAUGAUGCUCCCCGUGCCGUCUUCCCCUCCAUUGUAGGUCGUCCCCGCCAUCAAGGUGUCAUGGUCGGUAUGGGCCAAAAGGACUCUUAUGUCGGCGAUGAAGCCCAAUCCAAGAGAGGUAUCUUGACCCUUAAGUACCCCAUUGAACACGGUAUCAUCACCAACUGGGAUGAUAUGGAAAAGAUCUGGCAUCACACUUUCUACAACGAAUUGCGUGUCGCUCCUGAAGAGCACCCCGUUUUGUUGACUGAAGCCCCCUUGAACCCCAAGGCUAACCGUGAGAAGAUGACCCAAAUCAUGUUUGAAACCUUCAACGCCCCCGCCAUGUAUGUCGCCAUCCAAGCCGUACUCUCCUUGUACGCUUCCGGUCGUACCACUGGUAUCGUUUUGGAUUCUGGUGAUGGUGUCUCCCACACCGUCCCCAUCUAUGAAGGUUAUGCCUUGCCCCACGCCAUCCUCCGUUUGGAUUUGGCUGGUCGCGAUUUGACCGAUUACUUGAUGAAGAUCUUGACUGAACGUGGCUACUCUUUCACCACCACCGCUGAACGUGAAAUCGUUCGUGACAUCAAGGAAAAAUUGUGCUAUGUUGCCUUGGACUUCGAACAAGAAAUGGCCACCGCUGCCGCCUCCACCUCCUUGGAGAAAUCCUAUGAACUUCCCGACGGUCAAGUCAUCACCAUCGGUAAUGAACGUUUCCGUUGCCCCGAAUCCCUCUUCCAACCCUCAUUCUUGGGUAUGGAAUCUUGCGGUAUCCACGAAACCGUCUACAACUCCAUCAUGAAGUGUGACGUAGAUAUCCGUAAGGACUUGUACGCCAACAUUGUCAUGUCUGGUGGCACCACCAUGUACCCCGGUAUUGCCGAUCGCAUGCAAAAGGAAAUCACUGCCUUGGCCCCAUCCACCAUCAAGAUCAAGAUCAUUGCCCCACCAGAACGCAAAUACUCCGUCUGGAUCGGUGGUUCCAUCUUGGCCUCCCUCUCCACCUUCCAACAGAUGUGGAUCUCCAAGCAAGAAUACGACGAAUCCGGCCCCGGCAUUGUCCACCGCAAGUGCUUCUAAGCGACGCGCCCAGCUGCAUUCAACGGCAACGUUUGUCACUCAUCCUGACACUCACUAUCGUACCAUCAAACAACAAACUUACUUUUUUCAUUUUAAUUUUAAACAUUUUAUUAUAAUUUUUCUUUUUAAUUAUUAUAUGUUAUUAUUAUAAUCAUUUAAGUUUAAACUCAAAACAAUGGAAAACUAUUUAUACAUGGACUUGAUAAUGAAGAUGAAGAAGAAAAUAUUGUAAAUUUUAGAACUAUACGAGAUAAAUAAAUAAAACAAAAAAAAUACAAAGAUAAA